UUUAUUUAAUGUUAAACAUAAACAAAGACUUCGAUAUUAUAAAACUAAAAAGAGACUUUGUUACUCUCAUUAUUUUCAUUAAAAAUCUUUUCUUUCUAGUGGUUGAUCUCUUUCAUCUUUCUUCCCCAAAUACAGUCUUAUGCUUUCUGUUUUCUCAGUAUUUCCCAUUCGGUACAAUAAUCUUGUCUGAAUAGUUUUCUUUGCAAUUGGCCAGUUAGAUAUUAAAGAAAAAUGGAGUAUCUUAUAGCAAUUGUGAGUUCUGGUGCCAGUGAAAUUGGAAAAUCAUUGGCGAUCAGUAUCAAAAGACAUAUUGGCUACUUGGUUUACUACAAUCGUAACAUUACGAACCUGCAAGAUGAAAGAAAGAAGCUGGAUGAUAAAAUGGUUGAAGCUGAUCAAUUUGUGCAAGAUGCUAACCGGAAGUUUAAAGUUCCUAUUCCUAGUGUACCCCGUUGGAAAGAGGAAGCAGACAAGCUCAACCAAAAGGUCGGUGAAUUUUUUGAAAAGGAAACUCCUGGAGCAAGCAACAGGUGUUUGAACGGGCGUUGUCAAUAUCCGUGGUCACGUUAUUCAUCAAGCAGGAAAGCUUCAAAGAUGACUGAGGAUAUUCGUGAGAAGAUUCGAGACGCUCCAGAUUUUGGUAUUGUAGCCUAUGAUGCUCCUCAACCAAAUCUGGGAUCUACGUUCAACCUUGAAGGUGUCAAGGACUUUGAGUCUAGGCUAUCAGUUAUGAAUGACGUCUGGGAGGCUUUGAAGAAUGAUGAGCUGAGCAUGAUUGGUAUUUGUGGAAUGGCUGGUGUAGGGAAAACCACACUGGUUAAAAAACUAGUGAAAAGAAUAGAAACUGAAAAUCUGUUUGGUGUAGUUGCAAUGACUGUGGUCUCUCAAAAUCCAAACUCGACUAUCCAAGAUGUGAUUAUAGAGCGGUUCAGUUUGCAAUUUGAGGAGAAGACUUUGGUGGGAAGAGCAAGUAAGCUGCAUGAGUGGAUUAUGAAGUGUGACAAGAGAGUGCUCUUGAUCUUGGAUGAUGUCUGGGAGAAGGUGGAUUUUGAAGCAAUUGGACUUCCUUUAAAUGGUGACAGAAAGGGGUACAAAAUUGUGUUAACUUCACGAAGGGAUGAUCUAUGCACUAAAAUAGGAAGUCAAAAGAACUUCCUUAUUGAUAUUUUAAAAGAAGAAGAAGCUCGAGGUCUUUUCAAAGUGACGGUAGGCAAUUCCAUUGAAGGAAAUUUAGUCGGCAUAGCAUGUGAAAUUGCGGAUCGAUGUGGAGGCUUGCCUAUUGCCAUUGUAGCUCUUGCUAAGGCUUUGAAAUCCAAACCAAAGCAUAGAUGGGAUGAUGCACUCCUACAGCUAAAGACGUCUAACAUGAAAGGCAUCUUGGAAAUGGGGGAGGUGGAUUCCAGACUUAAACUGAGUAUUGAUCUUUUGGAAAGUGACCAAGCCAAGGCACUACUUUUCCUUUGUUGCUUGUUCCCUGAAGAUUAUAGUGUUCCUGUAGAACAUUUGGUUGGUCAUGGGAUAGGCCUGGGGUGGUUUCAAAACGUGCAGUUUUUGUAUCAGGCAAGAGACAGAGUUCGUACGCUUAUUGAUGAACUCAAGGAAUCGUUUUUGUUGCUUGAGGGCGAUUCAGAUGAAUAUGAAUCCGUCAAGAUGCAUGAUCUGAUACGUGAUGUCGCCAUAGUCAUUGCCAAAGAUAACUCUGGAUAUCUAGUGUGUUGUAAUUCUAAUAUGAAAAGCUGGCCUGCGGAGAUGGAUAGGUACAAAAAUUUCACUGCGAUUUCACUUGUUCGAAUAAAAAUCGACGAGCACCUUGUUGAUUUGGAAUGUCCAAAGCUACAACUUUUACAGCUCUGGUGCGAGAAUGAUUCACAACCUUUACCUAAUAAUUCUUUUGGAGGUAUGAAAGAACUCAAAGUUUUAUCUUUGGAGAUACCAUUACUUCCACAGCCACUUGAUGUCUUGAAGAAACUUCGAACCUUGCAUCUUUAUCGUUUGAAGUAUGGAGAGAUAUCUGCAAUUGGAGCACUAAUUACUUUAGAAAUUCUUCGAAUUGAAACUGAUUGGGACUCUUACUUAAAAGAGUUGCCAAUAGAAAUAGGAAGACUAAGAAAUUUGAGGGUACUGAAUUUGAGCUCAAUGUCAUCCCUCAGAUACAUCCCAUUAGGUGUAUUAUCAAAAAUGUCAAAUCUAGAAGAGUUGUAUGUAAGUACGAAAUUCAUGGCAUGGGGAUUGAUAGAAGAUGGAAAGGAAAAUGCAAGCCUCAAGGAGCUGGAGUCUCAUCCAAUAACUGCAUUGGAGAUUUAUGUAUUCAAUUUCUUGGUUUUUCCUAAAGAGUGGGUCAUUAGCAACCUAAGUAGAUUUAAAGUUGUUAUAGGCACACAUUUCAAAUACAAUUCAUAUGGAAAAGAUUCAAUGAAUGAGUUGUACAUCGAAGGUGAUGGGAAUGAUGUUUUAGCAAGUGGGUUCAGUGCUUUGCUGAGGAACACCGAAGUUUUAGGUCUAAAGGUGAACAAUUUGAAGAAUUGUCUCUUGGAGUUAGAAGAUGAAGGUUCAGAAGAAACUUCACAAUUGCGGAAUAAGGAUCUGUGCUUUUAUAAACUAAAAGAUGUAAGAAUAUUUGAAUCUCAUGAGAUGAAAUAUGUUUUUCCACUGUCCAUGGCUAGAGGAUUGAAGCAACUCCAAAGCAUAAACAUAAAGUAUUGCGACGAGAUUGAGGGAAUUUUCUAUGGAAAGGAAGAGGAUGAUGAGAAGAUAAUUUCCAAAGAUGACGAUUCUGAUAUUGAGUUUCCUCAACUAAAAAUGUUGUAUCUGUAUAAUCUUCCAAAGCUGAUUGGUUUUUGGAUACACAAGGAUAAGGUUUUAUCAGAUAUCUCUAAACAAUCAAGUGCAUCUCACAUAAAUGAGAAGACGAGGAUCGGACCAUCACUAUUUUCAUCGCAUCGGCUACAGUUGCCAAAUUUGCAAGAGCUCAAUUUGCGGGAUUGUGGUUUGCUGAAGGUGGUCUUCUCAACUUCCAUUGCAGGACAACUGAUGCAACUCAAAAAGUUAACUUUACGGAGAUGUAAAAGAAUUGAAUAUGUAGUUGCAGGAGGAGAAGAAGACCAUAAGAGAAAAACCAAAAUAGUGUUCCCUAUGCUAAUGUCUAUUUAUUUCUCAGAACUACCAGAGCUAGUGGCCUUCUAUCCUGACGGUCAUACUUCCUUUGGCUCUCUAAAUGAAUUAAAGGUAAGAAAUUGUCCCAAAAUGAAGACAUUUCCUUCAAUAUAUCCAAGUGUCGACUCAACUGUUCAAUGGCAAAGCUCUAAUCAGCAGCUUCAGUCAAGCCAAGAGCCCACAGAGGUUUCAUUAUUGAAGAACAAGUUCACUUCUAGCCAUAAUUACGACCACACGGGCACAUGUUGUGCAUUUUCAUUCAAAUCAAUCGAAGCGCUUAGGAAUCUCAAUAAACUUGCAUUGUUUAAGAAUGAUGAAUUCGAGGUAAUAUUUUCAUUUGAAGAAUGGCGUUCUGAUGGAGUAAUGCUCAGUGUUUUGGAGAAACUGGAGUUGUCAUUUUUACCAAAAUUAGCGCACAUAUGGUUCAAAAUUCCACCAGAAAUCACAGCCUUUCAAAACCUAAAAGAGUUGGAUGUAUAUGAUUGUUCUUCUUUAAAAUAUAUUUUCUCACCCUGUGCGAUUAAACUUCUGGUAAGACUAGAAAAAGUAAUAGUUGAUGAGUGCCAUGGGAUAGAAGCAAUUGUUGCAGAAGAAGAAGAAGAAGAAGAAGAAGAAGAAAGCCAUAGAAACAUUAUUUUCCCUCAAUUAAGGUUCUUGCAGCUUACAAGUUUAACAAAGCUCAAGAGUUUCUGCAGUGAUAGAUCUACAACAGUUGAAUUUCCAUUAUUAGAAGAUUUGAGAUUGAAAAAUGUGGGUGCAAUGAUGGAGGAAAAGGUACAAUAUCAGAACAAGGGUGAAUUUGGUCAUAGUUACAGCCACGCAGAGACAUGUCCUCCAUUUACAAUCAGAUCCAUUAAAAGGAUACGAAAUCUUAAAAGACUUGAGGUGGGCAGUUGUCAAUCGUUGGAAGUGAUAUAUUUGUUUGAGGAAAACCAUGCUGAUGGAGUACUUUUUAAUAAUCUGGAAGAACUGAGAUUGGAUUUUUUACCAAAUUUCAAGCAUGUGUUGCUCAAGAUACCACCAGAAAUUUCAGCCUUUCAAAACCUGAAAAAAAUAAAUAUAGAAUAUUGUGAUCAUUUGAAGUAUCUUUUUUCACCUCCUGUGGCCAAACUUCUAGUAAAGCUAGAAGUAGUAAGAAUUAUAGAGUGCAAAAUGGUGGAAGCAAUGGUUGCAGAAGAGAAAUUAGAAGCAGAAGCAAGAAGUGACAGAAUUGUAUUCCCUCGACUAAGGUUCCUGGAACUUCAAUCUUUACACAAAUUCAAGAGUUUUUGCAUUGAGAAUUCUGUCACAGUCGAAUUGCCUCUGUUAGAAGACUUGAAACUUGUACAUUGUCAUCAAAUAAGGACUUUCUCUUAUGGAUCAGUGAUCACACCAAAACUAAAGACAAUGAGAAUAGAUUCCCGCUACUAUCAAUUAGAGAAAGACCUUAAUACAACUCUGCUAGAAAUGUGUUCCAAAAGAGGAAAGGAUGCAAUGGACGCCAAUAUAGUGGAUGUGGCAGGUCCUUUUAAGCAUGAAGUAGAUGUGAAGAGCAAAUAGAAAUUCUCCAGGAUCCCAAAAUUCAGAACUAAGAGCAAAGGUGCAAUCUUCUUGAUUAUGAAGAAAAUUAUACUCCGAUAAAAAAACAUCACUUCCACAGAUAAGGAUCUUUACUAAACCCUCCCAUUCUUGAGAGAUGCUACAUGCUGGAACAUUUUGUUAUGGUGUGAUCUAUGGCUUUCAUGAUAUUUCAUUGAUUGAUUGGAGUACCCUUCGGCUAAUGUUGGUGCAAUUUGAUGCGAUUGGAUGGUUCUAUUAUAUGUUGAUAUGGUUACUGAUUGUGGAAGCCGUUAUAGAUUGACGUGAAACUACCAUUCUGGUUAAGUGAUGUAAAAUCUUCUGAUUACAUUGCAAUUCUGGUUUCUUUUACUGAUCACAGGCUGAUUUUAUAUACUUCUUGGCACUCAUACUUCGACAGAUUUUUGUAAGUUUUGGGUAAUCCCAGAAGGGGUUUUUUUCAUCAACUUGAACUCUUUAUGGAAGUUGGUUUUUUUCCCCUAAUUUUUAUAAAAUAAAAUGAGUUAUUGCUUAUCAAA